UGAUGGUGCUGACGGGUCAGUCUGCGCAAAGACAUCGAUCGAAACUCACCUCACGCUCGUAUUUACAAAAAUAAAAAAUAAUUAUUUUCAUUUAAAAUAACAAUUAUAAUAGUGUGUGAUUUUUAUUAUUUAAUUUUACACCCAAAUUAACAGUGUAAAUAAGUGAAUUUCAUCAAAAUUAAUUGUGAAUUUUUUCAAAAAUCUUUCAUUGAUAAGUGCCUAAUAAAUAUACAAUUUAUUUAUUAAUUAAAAUUAACUUGAAAAUUAAAAAAGUAUAAAAAUAAACUAAAUAAAUGUUAAAAAUAAAAAUGUUUAUUAGUGGUUUAUUUUAAUUUUAUUUUUGUCCAAUUGAUACUCGGAUCAUGUUUAAACGACUGGGAAAAUCGAGAAGACACAGUAAUGAUGAAGCUGGUCCAUCAUUAUCACAAAUACCAUUGGAUAUUAAACCAUUUAAAAAUAAAUCCCUCUCGGAACAUGAAUUUAAUCAGUCACUAAAUCCAUCAAUAUUACAUAGUUCAAAAUUUAAAUAUGCUAGACAUAGUUUUGGUGAUGCAUCAUCAAUAAAUAUCAUGAAGCCUGAUGAAAAUGGAUUAAAUAAAAAUAUUAAAGUUGAUACUGAUUAUCAAACUGUCAUGGCUGUACCAGCUUUUAUAGUUGAACAUGAGCCUGAAAAACAUCGAGGUCAUUUAAGUGUUUGGGGCAGAAAAAUGAGUAAAAAAAUUGAAUCAUUUCGUAAAUGUGGCUCAAGAGAAUGUAUAUCUACACUAAAUGAAGAUGAUGUUAUAAAUAAUAAUAACAAUAAUAAAAACAAUAAUAAUAAUAUAAAUCAUUUUGGAAAAAAUGAACAAAAAAUAACACCAAAACGUUCAGCAUCACCAUUUAAAUCAUUUUUCAUUCGCAUGGGUUCAACUGGUAUGUUGAAUUCAACGAGAAAUAGAUGUUCAUCAAUAAUAGAUGAUAGAAUAAAUAUAUCAGAAAAAGAUAAUUUAUUUAGAAGUUGUAGUACAUCACAAUUAAAUACAAGUCCAACAUAUGUUAAAGGUGAUGAUCCAUCAGAUGGUAUUGAUUUACAAAUAUCAAAUCGUAAUAUUAAAACAGUAUCAUGUGAUAAUCUUGCAAAUAAAGAAUGUCAUGAUGCUUUUGAUGAAACAUCAUUGGGUAGUGUGUCAUUAACAAAUUAUACAUCAUCAUCUGGUUUUGUUGCUUGUGAUUUUAAUAAUAUUAAAAAUGAUAAUUUACGUAAAUCAAGUAGUUGUGAUUUUAAAGAAGUUAAAAAAACAAAUUUUCCAUAUGCAUUUUUACGAUCAAAGUUAUCUGUUUUACCAGAAGAACAAUGUAAAAGAGAUUGUAAAGAAGAUAGAUUAUUUAAAACAACAUCUGAAGAAAAUUUUCAAAUUUUAAAAAUUGAAGAAUUAUAUGAUGGUACAACGACACUUGGUAGAAAACGUAAUAAUGAACAAAAAAAUAAAUUAAAUAUAAAAUAUUGUAGAAAUUCAUAUGCUGAAUAUCGUUGUGUUGAUGAUGAUAUAAAAAAUAAAAUUUAUGAACCAGAUAGUUAUAGUCUUAAUCCAAGUGAUUUAAAUAAUGAUGUUAAAAAAAAUAAUAUAUCUGAUGAAAUAAAUUACAGUAAAUUUAUAAAAAAUUCAAGAUGUAAUAAUAAACCACCAACAUUAGUUGAAUCAAAUCAUGAAACCUCAGAUUAUAAUUUAGUUAAUGAUUACAGAUUAUCUGACACAUUUUCACUAAGUACAGAGCUUGAUGUUAUUGCAACAUUAAGAAAUCAACGUCGUAAUUCAGUACCAUGUUCUGAACAAAGACUUUCAUCACAUUAUGUUAGCUCAAAUGAAUCUGGUUAUGAUAGUGAUGGUCCUGGUCGUGGUGAAUCAACAGUUAAUUAUGAAAAUGAAAUUUCUAAUAAUAAAUUUACAGAUAGUUCAGAUACAAGUAGUGUAAUUGAUUCAGAAAUUGAAAAACCAAUUAGAAGUUCAACACCAAGAGGUUGUCGUAAUAAUUCAUUGGAUAAUUUGAGUAUUAAAAGUAUUAAAUCACCAACACAAGCUACAUCUGAUAUUGGUGAUGGAAUUAAUGGUCUUCGAUGGCAUCAAAGUUCAUCUGGUAGAAUGUUACCAAGUAUACAUCAAGGAUCAAUUGAUACCCUACAGUGUAGUAAAAACGUACCACAAAUUUGUGUAAUUGCACCACAUAGAAUUAGACUUCAACAAGAUAAAAAAAAAUUUCUCAGUGAUAUUAUUCAACCACCAAAUGAUGUCAAACGAUCUCGUGUUAUUUGUCUACAAAAACAGCAUCCAAAUGAAAGUCUAGGUAUUAGAUUGGCACAACAAAAUUUGAAGGAACAAAUUAAAUAUAUUAUUGUUCAGCUGGAACCAGAUGGAAUUGCUCACAGAGAUGGAAGGCUAAGACUGGGUGAUGAAAUUGUCGAGGUAGAAGGAAAAGAUUUACAAGCCUUAAAAAGCUUAGAAGAAGUGCAAGAAUUUUUAAAAUCAUUUAAAAUUUUAAAAAUUCAUUUAACAACAGCUUAUGAAGAAAUUUUACCUCAAGGAUUAACUGAAACAACAAUGCUCUCUAAGGAAUAUAAACAUAAAAAUCUUUUAGAUAUUUCACAGCACGAUACAACUCAGCAUGAAUAUAAAAAUAAUAAUGAAAAUGUCAUGUCGGAAGAAAAAAUAUCAAUAAAGAAUAGUGAAAAUUUACAAAUUAAAAAAAGACCAAAUUAUCUGUCACUUUCUUGUACAGUAAAAAAUCGUAAAGAAUCGAUUGACUCAAUGGGAGAUACUGGUGAUCAAUAUAUAACAGAACAUGUUGCAAAAUUUGAAAAAGGAAAUGGUAAACCAAGUCUUGGAUUUAGCGUUGUAGGUGGCCGUGACAGUCCUCGUGGUGAAAUGGGAAUUUUUGUUAGACGAAUAUUUCCUGGUGGACAAGCUGAUGCAUCAAAAGCCCUAUUGCAAGGUGAUGAAAUUCUCAGUCUCAAUGGUAAACAACUCAGAGGGUGUACACAUCAAGAAGUCAUUGAGCUUUUUAAAGCUGUCAGAGAAGGAGUUGUUGUAUUAAAUUUCAUCAGGAGGCACAAGUAUCCAAAGACUCCAUUGAAAUCAGCGCCUUACUGAGAAAUUUCUUCACUCUACAAAAUCACCCACCGAUUGUCAGGCAUACUGAUAAUUUUUAGAUUCUAGUCUCGCUUUAAAAAAAAAACUUUAUAUUUAAUUUAUUUUACAAUUUAGACAAAACAAAAUAUUUUAAUGUCUUAAUUUUAUUCAAUUUUUUCUAAACAUUUUUAUAAAAAAAUAAAUAAUAAAUAUUGUUAAAUUGUUGAAAUUGUUUUAAUUAAAAAAAAAAAAGCUGAUAAUAAUAAAUAAAAUAUGAUAAUUUUUAAAAAAUUUUAAUACACCAGUUAUAUAUUAUUGUUAAAUAAUUGUAAAUAUAUAUAAUGUAUAUAUUUAUUAAUUGAUUUAUCGU